AUGUCAUCCGACAAUUCUGAUCUGGCCCGUCUUUCACAGACCCUUAACAUUGAUCUUGACACCCCUGCUAUGCGCGCACGCGAUUUGACUGUCGACCUUCUCGAGCCAUGCACCCCUGAAGCCUACCGACAAGCAGUGCACUAUCAGAUUACUGAGAUAGUGAAGAUUAAUCGACCAAAGAAGAUACCAAAGCCCGGCAAUCAAUGGUAUCUGCAAGAGAUGGAGGUCCAACAUGAUAAAUAUACACUUUGGACUCAAUUGCAAGACGAACAGGCUGAGGAAUUUUGGUGGUUUUUGCCUUGGCUGUUUGGCCAAGAAGCUCCAAGAGACUGGGAACGUUUCUUUGUGUGGUUCCAGCAAAAGUUGACCGAGCCAGUCGCCAACCUCGCUGCGGUUAGGGCUCUCUUGGCCAUGGCAAAGGAACUCGUCUUUGUGACCUUGAUGAACGCCAAACACCGAAACAUCUACCUUGAGCGAUACCCAUUUGCGUAUGAUACCAUCGAGGACCGUUACACCCACGAGCUUUGGGUUGCAGAAGCCAGGCAGCGGGCCGCCAACUAG